AGGGUAUUUACUAUGAGGGUAGGUGUGACUGGCACUUGUGUGUAUCGUUAAUGCAUCUUGCAAGAUGCAGUAGUGGAUAGACACGUUAUUUUCUUGUAUUUGUAGACUAUUUGAAACGUGGACUUUCAGAGGGCAAAAUGUCGCACUGGGUACAGUUCUAACACGAUCGGUAGGGUUUUGCAUAGUGUUUUUGUUUAGAAGUGAAAUGAAAGAAACUGAGAGCAGCCCCCUGGAGGACAUACAUGCUGCUCAGUUUCUUGUGCUUUGCAGAGUUCCAGUGGAAGUAUCAGUGUGGAAGGUAUUCAAGAAUGUUUACGUUUCUUUUGCUCGUAUUUCUUGCUGUAUAGAUAGGCACAGAAGCGCAUAAUACAGUUGUGUUACACUUUCUCUUCUACAGCGAUGAAUUGAAACAACCUCUGGCAGCUGUGCGAAGUGGUGGCUGAAUGGCUUUACAGCAUCCUCUCAUUUGUUUAGUUGUUCUGAGCUGAUGGGAGUCAGAGUUUGCUUACAACAAUAACAAAAUCUGUUUUUUAAAAGAAAAAUGUUGCCUGUCUCUUUUUGCAUGUGCUUUGGUUUUAUUACCUACUGGCACAGCAAUAUUGAUCUAAACUUCACGGAUAUAGAUUUCAGUAUUUUUUUGUUUAAUAUUACUGCUUAAUAUCACCAACUACUUACAUAAUAGCCUUAGUAACUUCAAUACAACCAAAUCCUUAAGUUUGGUGGCAAGACCAAUAUUAGUCAAGUAGAAUUUCUGCCUUGCAGACCUUGAUAGCAUCAGCUGUAUUAAAUCUAUACUUCUGGUUAAGUUGUACGUAACAUUUCUCAUGCUUCACAUGUAUCAAAACAAGAAGUAACAAGAUGUGAAUUAGAACAUUUCUAUCAUUGUCUGUGAAUUUGUACUAAAGCGUUCUUUUUCAGUGUUGAAGUUCAGACAAGAAUCAGAUUUUGAGGCAUAAAAAGAGAGGUGUUACUUUAGUAAUGGUGUUUGGAUGCUUAUUUAUGGGAAGACUGUGUUCUAAGGAAGACACCGUAUAACUGACACAGAUGGAUGAUACAGAGCUUUCUAUGAAAGUGUUGAGGAAAUGAAUCGAGGAUCCUAAGCUGGCUCUAACCUUGUGAGCAUUUAUGCAUGCAAUGAUGAUGUUGCAGUAGUUGCCCCUAAAUUAGGAAGUCAGUUUGGCAGUGCUUGGGUCUUCUUCUGAUCCUGCAUCUCUGAGUAUGUGUGACCAUCCAAAAGUGGAGCAUGCAGAACUUAAAUAAGUUAUGUUGUGCCUUGAAUUCUGUGUGCUCUGUCCUUCAGAAGCAAAACAACUCAAGUUGUUUGAGAACUGGUACUAGAAGAUUUGAUAGAUUAUAUGGGAAUAAAUACAGAUUUCCAGAUUUCCCUUGUUAUAUUUAAAUAGCCAUUUUGGACCAACAAGUGGAUGGCAAGCCUUCUGUUACGCUGAGACAGGAUUUGAUUUUGCUUCUGACUCUAAGCAAGCAACAUUGUUGAUUACGUGUUGGGAAUGAACACAAACAUUUUGUUAGUGGCUGGGUACAGAGGACAAGUAUGAGAUUUCUUCACUUUCUGUACUGUUUGUACAUUCUGGGCUAGGCUAACCAAAACAGGUGAAUACACAUACACUGUGCCAUCUCCUGUGCUGUGAUACCCUUUCAAACAACACUUAUCUCCUGAAGCUUGAAAAAGCCUGCUGGACCAGCCCAGAUGGAUGCAAUUUUGAACUGCAGGCUGGAGGAGUUGGAAGAUUACUACAACUUGCUCGGAUGUGAUGAACUAUCUACGGUUGAGCAAAUUCUUGCAGAAUUUAAGAUUAGGGCCCUUGAAUGUCAUCCUGACAAACACCCAGGAAACCCCAAAGCAGUGGAGAAUUUCCAGAAGCUGCAGCAAGCUAAGGAGGUUCUUAUUAAUGAAGAGAGUCGAGCACGCUAUGAUUACUGGAGGAGAAGCAAAAUCACCAUUCCUUUCCAGCAGUGGGAGGCUUUGAGCAGCUCUGUGAAAACGUCAAUGCACUGGGCUGUCCAAAAUAAGAAGGAUCAAAUGCUGGAAGCUCCUGACUUGAACAAUAGCAACAACUUAACUAAUGAGAUUUGGACCCAGAAAACUGAAAACAAUGAAGAUGGAUUGUCUGAUGGGAACAGAGAGCAAGAUGUUGCAAUUCCUGAUGUAAAACCACAGUCUUCAAAGAAUCCAGACUCCCCAAGAUUUUCAGAGGCAAACUACUGGCACUUACGUUUCCGCUGGUCAGGGGAUGCCCCAUCAGAUCUUCUGAGGAAAUUCAGAAACUAUGAAAUCUAAAAUGCAAAAUACACAGGAGUGUGAGGUCAUCUAUUCAACAAUUCAGUAUUUUUUGCAGCAGUUUGAAGUUAUUUGUAUUUUGUAUUCAUUCAUUGUGCUUUGAAUAUUGUCUGAAUAAAUGUAACGUCUGUAUCUGUUAACACACAUUCUAUGAGCAUUACAGGCAGAGUUCUGUUUUAAUAAGGUUCAGUAAGCAGAGCCCUUUUCAGUAUUAAUGUAGAGUGAUUUGGUGUAGCUAUCUAAUUUUUUGUAUAUUGUUUCUUGUGUUUUUAAAUACUGUGUAGUAAUAGUAAUUGUAUUCUCAGCAGAACCAAAAGUCAAUGCUAGAUUCCAAGAUAUUCCUAUAUUAAAUGAAAAUCUACCAAAAGCUGUAUUACAAUGAACUUAAAACUGCUUGGUUCUAAACUAUGUACUUUGGUUCUCUAUUGCGUUGUACUUACUGCAGUGAUUUGUAAUGCAUGCAUUCACAAUACUUUUACAAGCCUAACUUGUUGGACAGUUGUAAUUUUGCAAUAUAAAUAAAGUAAGAACCUUGUUAUUAUCCAGCAGGUGACUGUAGUGGAUCAAGUACUCUCAAAAAUCACUUUCAUUCUAUCAUAAUAGGUAAGCUUUUUGCACCAAAUGCUUGUUUUAGAAGGCAAUUCCAGAACCUUGCUUUAUUGGACAGAAACUCUUGUUAGGAUUUGGUGGUGGAAAUCUGAUACCUCUAGUAUGUAUGCCAGCAUUGUCCUAGUGUAAUAGUUACUUUCUUCCCUUUGGUGGCCUCACAAACCACAUAUAAAAUCCUUAUAUGACCCUAAGUAUGAAGAAUCAGGCCAGCCUGCAUUAAUAUGUUUAAAAUCUUACGUGAUAAGUUUUUGAAAUGUUGAGUGACUUCUCAAAUUCUGUGUGUGUAUUUUGCAUUUGCUUCCUUUUUUUGUAAUCCUGACUGAUACAUCAGCUAAUUGACAUUGUGUUUUUUGUGUGGGCAAGUGAUUCUGACAGCAACAAAUAAAACUACAUGCAUACAGAAA